CAUAAAGCGUUAAAUUAACCUACCUGCAGGCUAAUCUUUCUGUCCACGCAACACAUGGUUGUUUUGAAAUCUCUUCCGGGGGUUGAUUCUGGGGGCGGGGCUACAAAUGAUGACGCAGCCGCCGCCAAAAUCCAAAAAAAUCCGCAGUUUGUACUGGAUGUUUUCAUCUCGGAAGCAACACAAAAUAAAGAAAAAGACUUGCGAAUCAUGGAUGGAGCGUCUACGAAAGGUGUUUUGAGUCACCUGAGUCUGCUAGAAGUUCAGGCAAGAAGCCGUAAAAGUGAACGUCAGCAGCCGAGUCGUGUGAAGGAGCUGAAGGCUAAAGCUGAAGCGCUGAGGACCCAGAGAGACCAGCUGAAGGCAGAGAUAGAGACACACAAGAGUCUCCAGAAACUGAGGGCAUCUAUGGACAAACAAUGCGCACAUGAAGAAGAGGAGGAUGAGGAAAUGGCUGAAGACUCUGAGAACUCAGAACUACUGCGGCUGAUGGCCAGACAUACACAACUGAAAGACCUCCUGCAUGCUCAUGACAUCAUUGGUGGGUACAGCGUCAUAAAGACCCGUCAAGGUAAAGGAUUGUGCGUGUCUGUGACAACGGCCUACAAUGGCGUCUACUUAGAAAACUACAACCUGGAGAUGGACCUGAAGCCGACUGUGAGGAUCAGUCGUGAUAACAUUCCCCCGUUCAUUCCAUUAAAGAGCCUGGCCGAGCAGAGCAACAUGCAGACGGACAUCCGGACUCUUCUAGACCCCCUCAGCCAACAUCUCAACGCCUUCGCCGCUCGCAAGCAGCAGCUGAAGCUUGUUAAGGAACUCCAUAAGUCUGUGAAAGUGAUGGAGAGUAACGCUUUGUGUUCCUUACUGGUGCUGAUGUUCACGGUGCCGAGAGAGAAGAUGGCUGUUCUCUGCUCGCUGGAGUACACGGACCACACCCGAUGUCUUCCCACACGAGUCCACUUUGAAUGUGAAGACCAGGGGCUCCCUGAUUCUCCAGAGUGGAAGAAGAACGGCAGCCUUCUCAUGGAGACUCCUGUGCACAAAGCUUUAAAAACAAUGAAGAAGAUGGGGGAUAUUGUGUAAUUUAUUUCCAAAAUAUAGAAUUAAACUUUUAUACAUUUUUAUUAAACAAAGUAUGUACAUUCUCAUUGUUUAAAAUAAAAUCCUGCUACAG